AGAACACAAGCACGAUAGAACAGAGGAAAGGAUAAAAUCGAACAAGUGAAUUUGAGGAUCAACAACAUCCCAGCGUGCGGGAAAAAAUCUAGCACCAAAUUGAAAUAUGGAGAGCUAGCUCAUGAGGUCCAGGCUAACCAAAGAUGCAAACCCUUCUUCAACCCUGUAAGUCUCUGCCUCUCUUCAACUCUUCGUUACCGCUUAGUAUUAACAAUUGCCUUCUCACGUACAACGUUUCAAUCCAUAACAAAUGCCUAAAAUCCUCUAGUUUUCACUUAUUUCCUAAUAUUGGGUCACUCAAAACCUUGCCAUUCUCCAAGAAUAUUCCACCUUGGAAAAGUACCCACAUCUCAUUUUGCCGUCAAGAUGAUGCUUUUGAUGAUUUUUCAAGUACCCAGUUGCCUGAGAAGGCGCAAAACCAUAGAACUCAUGAGAAUGAAGAGCUGGAAUUGCUAAAUAAGCCAUCUCCGGUAGCUACAAAUAAUGGGAUAGGUUUAGAAGUUGAUAAAGAAUCUAAAACAGAUAAUAAAGAAGAGGCCUUAGCCCCUUUUUUGAAGCUCUUUAAGCCUAGAGAUUCAUUAGAAGAAGCAUACGAAGAGGAAGAUGACUCGAGUGUUGUAGAGGGGAAGUCUAGUUUGAAUAAUAAAGAUAAGGAAGCUAAGAAGGUUAAUGUGGACUACUAUGAGCCAAAACCAGGUGAUUUCGUAGUAGGUGUCGUUGUUUCAGGAAAUGAGAAUAAGCUUGAUGUGAAUGUUGGGGCAGAUUUGUUGGGUACGAUGUUGACAAAGGAGGUGCUGCCUCUGUAUGACAAAGAGAUGGAAUAUUUGUUGUGUGAUAUGGAUAAGGAUUCUGAGAGGUUUAUGGUUAGAGGGAAGAUGGGAAUUGUUAAGGAUGAAGCUGCGGUGAGUGGGGGAGCAGGUCCAGGGAGGCCGGUGGUAGAGACUGGAACCAUACUUUUUGCAGAAGUCCUUGGGAGGACGCUCAGUGGACGGCCAUUGCUUUCAACUAGAAGAUUAUUCCGGCGGAUAGCUUGGCAUCGAGUGAGGCAGAUAAAAGAAUUGAAUGAACCUAUUGAGGUUAAAAUCACAGAGUGGAAUACUGGGGGCUUGCUUACUAGAAUUGAGGGAUUACGGGCUUUCCUCCCAAAGGCUGAGUUGAUGAAUAGAGUGAACAACUUCAAGGAGUUGAAAGAAAAUGUGGGACGCCGAAUAUAUGUCCUGAUCACUCGAAUAAAUGAGACUAACAAUGAUCUGAUACUUAGUGAAAGGGAAGCUUGGGAAAUGUUAAACCUUCAGGAGGGAACACUGCUGCAGGGAACUGUCAAGAAAAUUUUUUCAUAUGGAGCCCAAGUAAGAAUUGGUGAAACUAACAGAAGUGGGUUGCUACAUAUUUCAAAUAUCUCUCGAAGCCGGGUUACUGCUGUCCAUGACUUACUUAAAGUUGAUGAGAAGGUUAAAGCGCUGGUUGUGAAGUCAAUGUUUCCUGAUAAAAUUUCACUUAGUAUUGCUGACCUUGAAAGCGAACCAGGCCUAUUCAUAUCAAACAAAGAGAGAGUGUUUGCUGAGGCAGAAGAAAUGGCGAAAAAGUACAGGCAAAAGCUACCUGCUGUUUUAAACACUCGAAAGUUAGAAACCCCUCUAAGCGAUGCCUUUCCUUUUGAUAGUGAAGCAACUAUGCAUGCAAAUUGGAAGUGGUUCAGAUUUGAAAGGGAAUAAUGAAGUUCGGUAAUGUAAUUGAGGCUAUGUUGUUGUAUCAUCUAAUUUGGAGGAGGGAGAAUUCAUGCCAAGUGGGGCUUGCUAUGGAGAAGGAAAUAGCUUCUUAUCAGGCCACUGUUCUCACCAUGUGAUUAGAAUGAAAUUUAUAUGGAUAUGCGGUUUUUGUGAAUGCCUUAUCCAUUUGAAAAUUGAUAAGAGCAUAUGAUGAUUGAUAAUCAAAGCCUGAUGUGAGUUCUUCCCCGUUGUUGUACACAAUAUGUAUGCAUCAAAUCUUCUCACACUGUGAUAAAUCCAAUUCUUUUACAAUCAAUUAUGAGAUUCAUAUUGUUCUUGUGAA